GUCGGUGGGAAAAGGCGUAGCUAGUAAACAUCACAGAAAGCCGAAAACACACCGCGGACAUCACAGCCUAAAAACACCGACUUCCACAGACUAUCUUCGGUUCAUACGGAGCCUGCCGGUGUCGUCCGUUCCGCCGUAACCGUCCGCGGUCGUCACGGUGACUGUCAGCGUCCGGAAAAAAAACUCUGUCGGGGCGUUAGCCAGCGAGCUAGCUAGCAUAGCCACCUAGCCGCCGCAGCCGCAGCUAGCACUAGCAUUAGCAUCAGACGACAAAGAUGAUAGCGCUAAUCAACAAACUGCUGGACUGGUUCAAGGCGCUCUUCUGGAAGGAGGAGAUGGAGCUGACCCUGGUGGGGCUGCAGUACUCCGGGAAGACCACCUUCGUCAACGUGAUAGCGUCCGGCCAGUUCAGCGAAGACAUGAUUCCUACAGUUGGAUUCAACAUGAGGAAGAUCACUAAGGGCAACGUCACCAUCAAGGUUGGUAGUUCUAUGUUUCUGCUGCCUGUCUUUACACACUUAUUGUAUAUGCACCAAAAUAUGAUAGAAAGUCUUCUUAUUCUAGCUGCAUGUUACCAAGAAUUUUAAAUUUACAGCCCAGGCUAUGACGGCGCAUUUCUACUACAUGGUACCGGCUCUACUCUUCUUCAGAAAUGGAAUGUAAUGAGCAAAUAGACACACAACAUUGACAUAUUACUUCUAUUUUUUUAUUAUUUCAGGAGCCUUUGUGUGCAGAAAAUAUAUAAUCUGUAAUACAAAAGUGAACAGUUUUUUAGAGCUUCCCCUGAACGUCUCAGGGGAGCCGAGCUCCCAAAUAUAAUGUUUAAACAAACAAAAAAAAACACCAAAAAUUUUAAAAGA